CACGCCUUCUCCCCCCCCCCCCCAUCAAUGCUUCACUCCAGCGAAACACAAACUGCUAACUGACAAGGAUUUUCCAUGGCAACAGUAUCUCUGUGCAAUGGCUUCACCCUUCUUCUUCUGUUACCUAAUUUCCUGACUGUAUCAUCCGCCACCCAAGAUGACCUUGUAAUCAACACCAGGCAUGGAAAAGUUCAAGGGAAGUUGCUUCCAGUGAUGGGUGGUGAUGUUAGAGCAUUUUUGGGAAUUCCUUAUGGUAAACCUCCUCUGGGUAAACUGAGAUUCAGAGCACCAGAGCCAGUAGAGAGAUGGGAAGGGGUGAGGGAUGCCACCAAAUUCCCAAAUUCCUGCUACCAGUUGCCGGAUACAGCCUUUCCAGGGUUCAAAGGUGCAGAAAUGUGGAACCCAAACACUCCUGUGAGUGAGGACUGUCUGUACCUAAACGUCUGGUCCCCAUUUUUCAACAAAACCCAGCCUAUGCCCCCACAACUUGCUCCUGUCCUUGUCUGGAUCUACGGAGGCGGGUUCACUCUAGGAACAUCCUCUCUGGACAUUUAUGAUGGUCGCUUCUUGAGUAAAUCUGAAAGUGUUGUUGUGGUAUCAAUGAAUUACAGACUUGGAGCUUUUGGUUUCCUGUCUUUUCCUGACAGCAAGAACAUCCAGAGCAAUGUAGGCCUGCUGGACCAGCGCUUGGCCCUCCACUGGGUAGCCAACAAUAUAGCUGCAUUUGGAGGUGAUUCUGCAAAGGUGACUCUGUUUGGGGAGAGCGCUGGUUCAGCAUCUGUGGGCUUUCACCUGCUCUCCCCAGGCAGCCAUGGUCUUUUUCAAAGGGCUGUGAUGCAAAGUGGCUCUCCUAAUGCACCCUGGGCCACAAUCAGCCAGACUGAGACCUGGCGCAGAUCCAUGAAGCUGGUGAUGUUACUGGGGUGUCCCACGUCUCCUCCAGCUGAUAUGGAAGCUUGUCUGCAGCACGCUGAUCCUUUGAAAAUCUCUAUGAAGCAAUAUGACGUUUUAAUACAGCCUACAAUCUUUGCGACACCCUUUGUCCCUCAUGUUGAUGGGGACUUCAUAUCAGAUAAAGUCGAAGUGUUGCUUAGUACCGGUACCCUCCCAAAGACAGAGGUCAUGUUUGGCCUAAACAGGGAUGAAGGGACCUACUUCCUAGUUUAUGGAAUGCCUGGAUUUAACAUCACCGGUCAAAGCCUCAUCACCAGGAAUGAGUUUCUGAAAGGAGUGGCGAUUUCAAUGGCCCAUGCAAGUGAUGUCACAAGAGAUGCGGCCAUUUUCCAGUACACUGACUGGACAGAUGAGAAUAACAGGAUGAAAAAUCGCGACUCGCUGGGAAGUCUGGUUGGAGACCAACAGUUUGUUUGUCCUGUGCUAGAGUUUGCUAACAGGUACUCACAACGUGGUGGUAAGGCUUUCCUUUAUUUAUUUGACCACCGGUCUUCCGUCAAUCCUUGGCCAGAAUGGAUGGGUGUUAUGCACGGCUACGAAAUAGAAUUUGUCUUCGGAAUGCCUCUGAAUGUAUCCCUGGGAUACACGAAGAAUGAAGUAAACAUGACCAAGAAGUUUAUAAAACACUGGGCCAACUUUGCCCGGAAAGGUAAUCCAAGCAUUGAUGGAGCUAACUGGCCCGUGUUCACCCCUGAACAGCAAGCGUAUGUCACUCUGAACUACAACCAUCCAGAACAAAAGAGGAUGAUGAGAGCUAACAAGUGUCACCUCUGGAACAAAUUAAUGCCCAAAAUACAAAAAGUAUCAGAUGAUCUUCGGUCUUGUGUUAAAGCAAAUGGGCUCAUACUCCACUGUAAUUACACCUUCCUCCUCAUUCUGUUGGUUAUAACUUUAACCUAUUGAUAGAGUGAUGAGACCUAUGUUUUAUACAGCCAUAUACAACAGUUUAAAUUAAAUAUAGUGGUUUGGUCUUUACGGUUAUUUAAAACAUUUUGUGAUUGGCCUACUGAAUUGUAUAGUUAAAGAAAUUGUGUUUUAUUUAUGGAGUGUGUGGUUUAGGUAAACGCUCCUGUUUUUUUGGAACUGUACAAUAACGAGCAUUCACGAUUGCUUCAUAAAGCCACUGUAUGCAGCU